UUUUUUUUCCCCCUCUUCUUCUCUUCCCUUCUCUUCCUCUUCCUUCCCCGCCUCGCCACCACCAGCGCGGCCCCGGAGCGUUCAGCGAGCGCAAGCCCGACCCAAGCAGGGCGCCAGCCGGCCGGCCUAGCGCUUCAGCGGAGAGCGAGGUUUUGAGCAACCGUACUUCGAUACAGGUCAUCUUUCCUCCUGAAUCAGUUGCCUUACCGCUCAGGCCACUGCAGUCUUAACAUGGAAAAGACCGAGAUGAUCCAGAAAGCCAAGCUGGCUGAGCAGGCAGAGCGCUAUGAUGAUAUGGCAACCUGCAUGAAGGCAGUGACAGAGCAAGGUGCUGAAUUAUCCAAUGAGGAACGCAACCUUCUCUCCGUAGCCUAUAAGAAUGUCGUUGGGGGGCGGCGCUCUGCUUGGCGGGUGAUCUCCAGCAUUGAACAGAAAACGGAUGGCAAUGAUAAGAAAAUGCAACUUGUCAAGGAUUAUCGAGAGAAAGUAGAAUCCGAGCUUAAGUCCAUCUGUACUACUGUUUUGGAACUGCUGGACAAAUACUUAAUAGCUAAUGCAACUAAUCCAGAGAGCAAGGUCUUUUAUCUGAAGAUGAAAGGAGACUAUUUCCGUUAUCUUGCAGAAGUUGCAAGUGGAGACGACAGGAAACAAACAAUAGAAAAUUCACAGGCAGCUUAUCAAGAAGCAUUUGACAUCAGCAAGAAAGAGAUGCAACCUACACAUCCAAUUCGUUUGGGUCUAGCGCUUAACUUCUCAGUGUUUUAUGAGAUCCUCAACAAUCCAGAGUUGGCCUGCACAUUGGCAAAGACAGCUUUUGAUGAAGCCAUUGCUGAACUUGAUACACUGAAUGAAGACUCAUACAAAGAUAGCACACUCAUCAUGCAGUUGCUUAGAGACAACCUCACAUUAUGGACAUCAGACAGCGCAGGAGAAGAAUGUGAUGCUGCGGAAGGUGCAGAAAAUUAAGCUGCACCUGGAGUGUCAUUCUCCUCCUCAAGAAAUCUUUUUACACGUCUCAUUCCUUAUAGCUCCACUUGGAUUUCCUAUAGCAAAGAGAACCCAUCCAUAUGUAUGGAAAUCAAUUUAUAGUCUUUUCACACUGCAGCUUUGGGAAAAAAUCCAUUCCUUGAUUGUGUUUGUCUUGGCCUUCCUGGUGUGCGGUUACUGCUGUAGAAAAGUAUUAAUACUGGCUUAAAUUUCAUAUAAACAAAUAAUUUCCAAACACUUAAGUAGCAGACUAAAGUUAUUUGGUAUUUUUUUAAAGAAUCUGAACCAGGUCCUUCAAGCAAUUGUUUUGGUAUUACAAAAAAGACACACACGUUUGAGUAAUGCAACUAAAGAGUUUUGUGCAGUACAAUUCUUCACAUUCCCUUCUUAUUCAGGGGUUACUUGGUUUGAUUUUUACAUGCUAUUGUUAAUUCCUUUCUGUAGGAUAUGGGAAUAUUGG